UGAGAAGAUUGGUCUCUGAUAAUUACCAAAGGUGUCCAGUGUCUUUAACUGAAGGGGUUGGUUUAUGAUUGUUUUGCCUUUUCACAAUAUGCAAAAGGUUGUCUAUCUUGUAUACACAUCACACAUAUAUAACUAUUUUAAAAUGUUUACGGCAAACUCUUGCGGGGGGGGGACAAUCGAUUUUGGCAAUUUUCGGCUUCCGUACCCGAUGAGGUCGUGGGGUUGGCGGGGUUGAUAAUGAUAUGUUUGUUUUCCUAGACUUGGUUCCAAGUCGUUGAUGGUGGUUUUUAGUCGUCCUAAUAGCCGAUCCCUCCGGAGACUUAUAGAGCGCGUGGUAGCAAAUCUGCGGUAAUUCUGCGUGGCUGAUGCAAAGAAAUAACCACAGUAUCAGACCUGAACCAAGGCUAUAAUAAUGGUUUUCCCCGCAGUCACACACGCCAUGAGAAAUAUAGCAGCGUGAAUUUGUUUUGUCUUCCGGUACAUCUACAUGUAUAGAUCGAGUGUUGAGUCCGUCGGUUUAAAAACCAAACCAUCCUGCAGUGUUUAAUUAAGGAACAUUCAAAGGUGUAUCGGAAAGAGCGACUGGAGACCAUUACACAGACUCUUCAUCAUGGCUACCUCUCACCAGGCAAUGCAGGCUGCAGUCUGUUUCCGUGAGUUAUUGGGGAAGGUUUUUAACGAUCUUCUCGAGCAGGUCCCUGAUCCAGCACCCUCAUUGAGACUUGAUUCGGUCAAAACUUCAUUAAGAAGCAUAUCUUUACUAUACAGGAAGGGGCUAUGUCGACCUAGUCAAUUUGAAAGGUCAAACUGGAAUGAUGCUGCUAAACGAUGCGCUUAUUUCUUUCUCUACUUCACGCAUCAUUGCUAUCUCGUGUACGUCUCCCUACAACAAGUCCGACCAGUGCACCGUGAAUAGUCAUGGAGAUCGAGAAUAACCACACACCCGAGACCGAAGCAGCCGCUAACUACUUCAGACGUGUUUUGGCCAGUGCACUGAACCCUCUUUUAGAUCAGGUCGAAUACCAAGAUCGAGAAUCUAAGUUUGACGACGUGAAGGAGUCUCUGAGAAACAUCACAAAGUUAUACAAAACGGCACUGAAUCAAACCACGUCUGGCUCCCGAUCUGACUGGAACGAUGCGGGUAACCGUUGCGCUUACGUGUUUGUGUAUUUCAUGCAGCACUGCCAUCUAGUCCACUACUCGCUUCAACAAAUCCAAGCUGAUAUCUCGAAAAAUUGGCAAAAUAAGAGUAGUCUGAACGUCUGCAGCAUAGGUGGUGGUCCUGGAUCGGAUCUUGUUGGGCUGACCAGAUUCCUUACGGACGCAGCUUUAUUUCCACCCUCACUUACUUGUGUGGUUUUGGAUCUGUACCCUAACUGGAAGCAUACUUGGGGGUCAGUCUACGACCAACUGCCUGAAACAUUUGACGUAACCUACCGUAAAUGUGAUCUUGUUAACACGGCAGCGCUGCAAGAUGACAUUCUACGCUUUGUUGGAAAGGCCCACUUGCUGACUUUCGUGAAAUCUUUCUCGGCAGUGGCUUCAUUCUUACGGCAGGAUCAAAGACGAGGUGACCGCCUUCGAGCUAUUCUUCGCGCGUUGAAAGGGGGCACGUAUGUACUUUACAUUGACAAUACACACUGGGACAAAUCUUUCUUAAAUAAUUUCGCUUUACCAGCCGGUCUUAAAGUUGUGUUUGACCUUUGUGGCAAGCAAACUUUGCCAUUUGGUCAACAUUCACACACGAUUAGAGAAUUCAGUCACCACCUUGAUUUCAGACCAAUGCGAAACUGCGAUGUGACGAUCUGGAUUUUGUACAAAAAUAAAUCCGUUCGGAGCAAUGUUCAGUCCACCGAGGCUUGUAGUAGACAAGGUCGAGGGCAUUGUUGUAUUAACGCACACGCACUAAGUCAAGAGUUUAGACCCGUUCCCGCCCGCAUGCCUUCCGCCCAAUCUGUUCCAAACACAGGUAGUCUAUCACAACAUUUUGUAAAGCCAAUAGCAGCUCCAAAAUUUCUGCCAACGGUAGAUACUUCUUAUAAGUACGCCUAUCCGACACCAACUGUUAAUCCAACACCAGCCACACCAACUGUUCGUCAUCAUCAAGAUCACAGACCUCAGAUAAAUGAAGUGUACCAACCAACAAGGCCUUGCAGGGCUCAGACAAGUGAAGAUACCAUGCGAAGGCAGAUAAAUGACCGAAAUAGCGCUUGGAAGUUAUUUAAGCGUUGCGUUUGUUGUUGUUUUUGUUGCACAGAUACAUUAAGCAAUUAGGAGAGAACAUUAAGUUAUUCAUAGACCAAUAGCCUAGCAUGUGGUGUUAAAUAGCUUGCUUAUUGUGCAAAUUGUCAUCUUCUCAUGAUCCACGUCCACUUUACAUUGGAUGCAAAAGUUAAAUGAUACGAAUCGAAGGCAUAUCAACUAAAAACUUCUUCUGAUUCGACAUUUAUAAGAAAAUAAAGUGGAUCUGACUGCCCUAUCAAUAAGGGCUGAAGAUAAACAUUUUACUCUAUUUUGAAUUAAGUAAGAAUCAUAAAUUCAUAGUUGUUUUCAAUUCGCAUGUCUCCGGUCUCGUUUCACCUGAUCUGAAAGGUAGUCAAAUACCUUUUUUCAUCGUUAAGGCCUACAGGCCAAACAAAACGUUGCAUACACAAUGCUACGAUUGAAACGAAACAGUAGCAAACAAACAACCUUUACAAGAAAUGUUAUUUUGUUGCACUUGCACAUCAGGGUAAAACCUAUAGCCCUGGUGGUCUUACACUUUCGUAUUGUAUUACGGUGUAAUACAGAGGAAUAGUCCUAUAAUAGGGUUAGGUAAAACCCAGCCCCAGUAGUUCCCUCUGUGGGUGAAAUAACGAAUAACUAACUAACUAUAGACUUGUGGACAAUCCGGUAACAUGUCGUGUAUCUAGAGACUUGUGGAUAAGUCGUUAAGGGCUGAAGACAAGUAUUUUUGUUCAAUUUUAAAUUUAGUAAGAAACGUGUAUAUAAAUAGGCCUAUAUUGUUUAUAAUUUGUAUGUCCGGCCUCUUAAUAACUUUGUUAAAGCUGAUGUGGUAAGGGAAGUCGUUUCCGUGGACUCCUGGUAAUCUGGAAGAUGAUCCAAUACUUCUUUGUUGCAAUUUUGUUGUGUCGGUAUUGUUGUACAUUCAGUAUUGCACAUCAGGAAAAAACCCAGCCACAGUAAUUCUGUCGUGGGGGGGGGGGCACAUAGUUUUGAGUGCCUGCCGCGGAGAGAGCAAAACGGCUCUCUUGUAAUUAUCUGGCAAUAAUAUUGCUGCCGCUAGACUACUCUAUACGGUCUUGCACAUCAGCACAGCCCCAUCGCAAGAUACGGAGGGCCGUUUCAUUAACGCUGCAAUGUUUAAAACCUACUAUGUUUUUAUAGGCCAUACUUGCAUUUUUUAGCAAUUUCUUUCGAGAUUGCGAAUGUCUUUUAAUAAGUGUUAGAAAGUAGCCAUUCAUAUUUUACCUAAAUCUAAAGCUGUAAUCCCUUAUAUAGAAACACAAUGAUGAUUUUGAACAAUAGUUCUACUCCGCAACACUCGUGCAAUUCGAAACAUAAAUAUCUGUAAUAUUGAUUUUUAGAUGUAUUAAAUAAGCAGACUUUAUUUUAAAUCAUACAUAAAUUAAUAGUCGAAAUCGAUGUGUGGCAACACGUUUUUAAACAGGUGGUUUUUUUUUUAUUAUCAAUUUAACAUUUGUUUUUUAACCCAAUGUACACUAUUGGUAACUACUUAAAAUA